AUGGAGCACGAUCGGGCUGGUGACUGGGACAGCUUGAACGUCAUCAAAGACCACAUCACCUUCCUCCGCAACACGCGGCGGCUGCCCGGCGAGGGCUAUGUCCAGGCGCGAGUUCCACCUGCGAAGGAGAUCUCGCCGGCGCCGGAGGAAGCUCUGGGGGAAUUCUUCCACACCAAACUCGGUACCUCCGCCAAGAACGAGGCGGCUCAGUGCGGGGCCUUCAUUGCGGUGCGGCGCCCGGGUGCUGGGAACCGCUUCCCGUCCCUCAGCUUGACGCAAUCGGUCAAGCUGUGGCAAGAAUCAUAUUUCUAUGUCAAGAACGUCAACCCGGCAAUCGACUUCGUCAACUUGCCGUCUUACGAAGCCGGCCCGCCGACUGAGCCUCGCACCAACUGGGCCUACAUGCCGACAACACUGUCGGCCGCCUCCGCCGCCGCCGUCGCCCGACUCAAGGUGAUGACGGAUUCGGAGGGCCUCAAAGCCUCCGAUUUGCUGACCGCCUUCGUGGAGCGCCGGGUUCUCGCUCUUCAAGGCCGGCCUCAUCUGAUCAGCCGGAUGAGCGGGCAUCGAGACCCGUGCCGGAUGUCUACCAGGGAGAUGUCGGCCAUGGAGGUGGCCCGCCUGGUGAACGAGAUCUCGAACUGCAAACUCUCGGAGUCACAAGCCCCACUCUCCCAUGAGCGGUCAACCUCUGCCUCCAUCAUCAGGGGGACGGAGGGCUUCGCCAACACCCGCUGCAUAGACCCGCUCGCCGACCUCCGAGAGACGAUGGAAAAGAACGCGCGGGAGGCGCGCGAGGAGCAGGAGGAGGCGGAGCGGCAGAGGGAGGCGGCCAAGGCGGCGCAGGAGGAGGUAGACGUGGCAGCCAGGGCCCAAGCCGAUGCUGCGGCCAAGGCCCAGGCGGACGCUGUGACCAAGGGGCGGGCGGACGCGGCCGCCAAGGUGCAAGCGGAGGGAGCCGCACGGGGCGAGGUUCCACAGCUUAUCACCCCCCUAUGCUCCGCGCCGCCGGCACCAGAGAUCCCAGCACCGAUUGGAGGAGCUGGCAGUGAGCAGCCGGUCAUGGAGAGGGAAAGGGGCGACGCCACCACCUUGAGGACGGAGGUGCCUCAGCAAGUGCCGACUGCCGAGGUCCAGGGCAGCCGGCCUAUCGUGCCGCCAACGCCUCAAGAUUACCACAUAAGCCGUGCGGCCGCCUUCAACUCCCAGGUCCAGGAGCUGGCCAAGCGGACCACUAACAUGGACGACAGCCAGAGAGGCAACGCCACCUUACGGCAUCAACUGGGCGAGGCUCAAACCGCGCUACAUGCCAAGGAGGAGGAGCGCAGCAAGAUGGAGCAAGAGCCCGACCGCCUGGCCAAGCAGCUAGCUGACCAGGCGAACAAGCACCAGGCGGAGCUGCAGAAGCUCAAGGACGCGGAGGAGGCCCUCCAGGCCGAGUUUGAGACUCAGCGCUCGAACUGGGUCGAGAAGGAGAGUGCCUUGUUGGACGGCUACGGCGAGAUCGAGGACCUGCUCGAUGAGUAUUUCCCCGGUUACUCCGCCACUGCCAGCCAAGCCGUCGAGGCUCGUCGUGAGGAGCGGAGGCUGGCUGGUGACACAAUCGUGCCCAACGCCCCCCAGACCCUCGUUGAGCAGCUGCUCUCCAUCCAAGCUUGUCUCCAGCCGGCGCAUUAG